GCGCUGGGAGAUGGCGGAGUUGGACAUUGGGCGGCACUGCCGGGUGGAACAGUGCCGGCAGCGAGAUUUUCUUCCAUUUGUAUGUGAUGGUUGUUCAGGAAUAUUUUGCCUUGAACACAGGAGCAGGGAGUCACAUAGCUAUCCUGAGGUUACUGUAAUUGAGAGACUGAAGUCAGAUACACAUACAUCUUACCCAUGCUCUUUCAAGGACUGUGCUGAAAGAGAGCUUGUGCCAGUUAUGUGUCCUUAUUGUGAGAAGAAUUUUUGCCUGAGACAUCGUCAUCAGUCAGAUCAUAAAUGUGAAGAACUGGAAAUCCCUAAGUCUUGUAUGGCUGCCACUCAGAAACUUGUUAAAGACAUUAUUGAUUCCAAGAGAGGAGAGACAGCAAGUAAACGACGGAAAGGUGCAAAAAAUAGUGAAACAGCUGCAAAGUUAGCAUUGAUGAAAUUAAAGAUGCAUGCUAAUGGAGAUAAAUCAUUGCCACAGACGGAAAGAAUUUACUUUCAGGUUUUCUUACCUAAGGGGAGCAAAGAGAAGAGUAAGCCAAUGUUCUUUCGCCAGCAGUGGAGCAUUGGAAGGGUCAUAGACUUUGCAGCUUCUUUAGCCAGUCUUAAAAAUGACAAUAACAAAUUAACACCUAAGAAAUUGAGAUUAUGUCAUAGUACUUCAGGAGAAGCCUUACCCUUGGAUCAUAUUUUGGAAACCUGGAUUGCUAAGGAGGAUUGUCCUUUAUACAAUGGUGGAAGUAUUAUCUUGGAAUAUCUGAAUGAUGAAGAACAGUUUUUAAACAAUGUUGAUUCUUACUUGGAAUAGUCAUUCAGGGAGUCAAGCUAGAAAUCACGAGGAAAAUUCAUUGUUAAUCAAAUUCUUUUACUACAAAUACUAUGUAUUUUUUAUUUUUAAAACUUGUUUUUUAUUUCAUAUUAUGUCAUAAUUUACAUUAUCAGUCUUCUAUUAAAUUGGAUUUGAAUUUUUGUGUUUUCAGGUUUAACUAUGAACUGACAUUUAGCAAAUUCUCUUAUCUAAUUAACUUUUAUUAGGUUAUGCUAUAAUAACAACAACAAAGAUAUAUUUCUCAUUUGGUUAAUGUCGGCUUUGAUUGGCUGUGACUCUGCUCCAUGUUGUCUUUACUCCAGAAUCUAAUAUGAAGGAAUGAGCCCUUUUGGGGACAUUGCCAUUCUUAUGGCAGAAGAAAGAGAUGGCUCUUAGAAGAUAACAUGUAUCACUUUUGCUUUACGCAAGACACAUGACCAAGCCUACCAUCAUGGAGCCUUAGUAUCCACCUACAUCAUGAUGUAUAAAUUGAUGUGUAUACAUGAAUCAUAGAAACUUAGAGGUCAUCUCACUCACUCUUCAAAGUUUGUGGAUGAGGAGUCUCAGGCCUAGGAAGGGAAAAUUAUUUUCUUGUUGUCACCUCAGUGCUUUGGGGCAUAUCUCUGAUUAAAAAACUCCCUCCAGUAGGAUUCACCAUUUUAUCUGUAUCAUAUAGUACAGAUAAGAAGAAAGAUGGGAUAGCUAAACUACAUUACAAGUCCUUUAUAUAUAUACCAAAGCAAAACACAUGCCAAAAGUAACUACAUUUUACCAACACAUUAAAAUUAAUGCUCCUGACUGAUGUAUUCUAUCUAUACUCAGCAAAGUACUACUAUAGAGAAGAAAUAGAAGUUAUUUCUGUUUGUUAUUUGUCCCUUUCCUACUUUGCGAUAGACAGGGAUAGUGGCUUUAGGUUUAAUUAAAGGAAUAAACUCACAGUGUUUAUUUCAUCUCUAAUUCUUUCUUCAUAUUAUUUUCAUGCAGUGAAUGGAGAUAACUUCUGACUUCUAUCAGCUGCUUAUACAUUCAUUUAUUAACCUAGUUAUUCAAGUACCUACUAAAUGUAAGGAUUUGAUUCUAACUGCCGUGGUGGAUACAAUGAAGAGAUGUAUACGUACUUAAAACUAUAAUACAAAGCAGCGUGGCAAGUGCCAAAGAAUAUAUAGUAAGUAUAGCUAUGUUCUAAUAGCUCUUUUAUCAGAAACCAUAAGACCAGAAGUAGAAAUAAUAUUUAAAUAUAUUCCCAGAUACCAGAAAGUUUUAAUACAAAUACCUUAGCAUCUGCAUAAUUACUUGCACUGGGUAGAUGACCAACACAUGUCUCAUGAAUUGAACUGAAGCUAAAUAUACCGGAAAAAAUACCAAUGCGGGUUGAAAAGAAGGGAAGUAAGGCGAACAGAGAUUGAGCUACACUUGAGACUAAAGAAGAGGUCCUGUCAAUGAUUAGAAAAGAGACAAAGCAGCAUGGAGGGAAGGACUUAUGUCAUCUGGUCCCAGAUAGUGGAGCAAACUAGUCUGUAAGAGACACAGGUGCCAGCAUUCUUGGAGGCUCUGUGGACGGGAGAUCCGGCCUGAGAAGUCUCCUAAAGAGAACAAGAUUGUGGGCACGACAGGAAGUCCCCCCAGUGUCUCGUUUCCAAAUUACUCUGAAAUCAGACAUCUUUCUCAGGCUUUCUUUUAGGGCUUUCAGUUGAGUUCGCUUAAUAUAAUUCUAGGGUUGGCUGUCCCCACCCCUCCUUAGAAUCUUUCUACCUGCUCACAGGCGACUAGAAUUACAAGCAGAAAACCCACAAGUAGAAAAAUGUUUUAAAUUCAGAUAAAUAUCUAACUACAGUAUGAUACAAAUGAGCUUAAGCUUCAUAUAAUCAGCCAGUAAAUACACAUGAAUAAUAAAUUACUAGAUUUUUCCCAGAUUUGUCAGAUUUUAUUCCAGGCAGUUUUCAGAUAAGAAGCCUUGGAGAACCUGAAGAAGGGUAAAGGCUACAGAUGGAAGGAUCUGAGGAAAGUAAAAUUUACAUUCCUCACCUCUUUGACCUGGGCGACAAAAAUUGUGAAUUAAGAUAUUUGGUCACAUAACGGUAAAGAUAGCUUUGGUUUCAUAAAGUUCUUGUCUUA